AACCCUAUUCAGUCUUCAUUCCCAGCUCAUAUCUCAGAAGAGUGUCUCUUUGGUUACUUCUUCAUUUCCCAUAUUUGAUAUUUCCUUCUUUCCCACGAGCGAAUCAUGUCAGUUAUCGGAGAGGUUGCUUUAUCCUCUUUGUUUGAGGCGCUGUUUAACAAGUUAACCUCCUCUGAUUUGUUGAAGAUCUUUCAGCAAGAGCAAGUUCAUGCUGACCUCAACUAGUGGAAGAAAACUUUACUGAAAAUCCAUGCUGUUUUGGAUGAUGCAGAAGAGAAGCGGGAGACAUUUUGGGAUGCUGAUGCUCUUACAAAGUAGCUCGAUCACUCUCUCAAUGCCACGUUUCUCCUCAAAGCUUCGAACAACCAGACUUGAAAAAGGAUCCAAUCAUGUCAGUAAGACUGAAGGAGGAUGUCAAAGGUGGAAUCAGUCAGACUGUAGGCAUAAUGGUGACAAAGUUGAUUUUAAAAGUGGUCGUUUUACUAAUGUCGACAAUCUUUUUCAUCCCCGCUAUUAUAGUAUUCCAGACACAAAUCUUGCCAUCAGUGACUGUAAAGUUAGUUGCUGGAACAACUGUAGCUGUGUGGCCUUUUAUUAUCUAUAUGAAAGUGCAACAGGGUGCAAAUUUUGGACAAAUAUGACGAACUUCAUUCCUGAAGAUUCAACAGGAUCAGAACGUCUCUAUAUCAUAACGCCAGAGACUUCAAAUUUAGCGAAUCCCAAUAAUACAACGCCAGUGCCUUCAAAUUCAACGAAUCCCAAUAAUAUAGCGCCAAAGGCUUCUUAG